CAAACCAUCACUACUACAACAAAAAAACACACAUCAACAAUCAAUCAUCAUUCAUCAACAAAAAAAUAAUCAAGAAAAUGGAAGUGUCGGUGAAAUGCCUCUUUGUCCUUGCAAUCCUCGCGAUUGCGGGGAUCGCGGUGGAUGCAACGGGCGAAUGCCCAAAAUCCACCCCGGACGCGGAGGCCAUGAAGCUAUACCCAUGCGCCUCCGCGGCACAGGACCCGGACGCGGCGGUUCCUGCGAGCUGCUGCGCCGAGGUGAAGCGGCUGGGGCAGAACCCCAAAUGCAUGUGCGCCGUGAUGCUUUCCAACACCGCCAAGAGCUCCGGCGUCAAGCCCGAGGUGGCAUUGACCAUUCCCAAGAGGUGCAACUUCGCUAAUAGGCCCGUCGGGUACAAAUGUGGACCAUACACUUUGCCUUGAGAUGGAAUAGAAAGUGAAGAAGAUCGAUUUGUGAUUUCUAGUUAUAAUUAUGUGUAUGUAAAUGGGAUGUAUCGUGCAUCCCGAGCUAGUUCUUCUAGCCUUUAAAUAAUGUAAUUUAUCACUGGAAUAAAAAAAGUCACCUUUAUAAAAA